AUGGAUGAUGUGGUGUGUAGUCAUUCAAGUGGCUGCUGUUUUGGAGCAGACUUCAAACUGGAGUUGCCGACAGCGACAGGCUGCUGGGAUCAGCUGAUCCAGCUUCAGCUGGGCAGCUCAGGUGACGGAGUGCCUUGUGACACUGAGGAAGUGGAGAUCCCCACUAAAGAGAUAGAGGUGGUGAAAGGUCGAAUGGUGAUGCUGCAGGCCUGGUACAGCCCCAGUUUGGACAUCAGUCCAGUUGUCGUCUGGACUUUUGAGACCAACAAGUCUACUCCGGUAAUCAACUUUAGCUCAGGUAAGGUCGGUUAUGGCCAAAAUGUAUUCACCAAAAGAGUGGGCUUCACUGCAACGAUGCCCUCAGCAAACCUCUCCAUCUAUAUCAACAACACACAAGAAUCAGACAGCGGGCGUUAUGUGUGCCAAGUGGUCGUCCCAGGAGGAGAUUUUAUUUCAGGACAGCUGAGCCUAAAUGUCAAAGUCCCACCGUCGCCCCCUGUUUGCACCAUGACAGGAAACCCUGUGGUGAGGGGGAACGUGACACUGAGCUGUACAUCCAGUCAAGGGAAGCCUCCUCCUCAAUACAAAUGGACCAAGGCUGCACCAGUGUCUGAGGUCUUCUUUUCACCAAUGCAAAAAUGGAGAUCGUGCCCGCAGCCCUUGCUUGUCCUUGGGUUCAUGGAUGAACGACAGGGCACCCUCCGCCUCAGUAACCUCACCAAAAGCAUGUCAGGGAAGUACGUGUGCAGAGCCAGCAACACGGCUGGUUCAGACACCUGCUCCAUUAACCUUGAGGUCAUCACCUCCUCAAAUGCAGGCAUGAUCGCUGCAGCCACUCUGGGCUCCAUUGUGGGACUGGUGGCCAUGGUGCUGUUUCUCAUAUUUGUCCUGAGAAGAAGAGGGGACACUGAAGAGGAGACAGCCAAUGAGAUCAAAGAGGAUGCUCAGGCACCAAAGCGUGUCUCUUGGGCUAAGAGCACCACAGGAUCAGACAUCAUGUCUAAAAACGGCACACUUUCAUCUAUAGCCACCAGCCCUCGACCACGAGACCCUCCAAACUUUCACUACCCCUAUUCCCCAAUGCCAGCCUCAGACAGUGGCUCUGUCAUUAACGCCUACCAACUACGGCCUGGAGAGGCUUGCACCUUACAGGGACUUCCAGGGUACAACAUUGGAGGCACUGCUCCUCGAAAACCUAAGCCACCCCCUACAACAAAUGGUGCUCCCCCAUACAUGAUGCGGAGUCCAGGAAAUGGCGCCCCUAGCGGGCCAGAGGGAGCGCAACCACAAGUCCCACCCCCAGUCACUUUAUCUCCCCAGAUGAGCUCAACCACCAUGACACGCAUGGGAGCUGUAGCAGUGAUGGUGCCUGCUCAAUGCCAAGCGGGCUCUCUAGUGUAG